AUGUUAACGAAUCCUCCUAUUUUUGCUAACUCUGAUGAUCUCUUCUUUCUCAGAGUCGUAGAAAAUGGCAGAGUAAAAUGCGAGCAGUACUGGCCUCCUCUUGACUCAAAUCAUGGCCAGUCAACCCUACGAUUCCCGCCUUUUACAGUUACAAACACCAAACAAACUCUUGAGUCAAAUGGCCUUUAUCAACUCUCGCGACUUACACUGGCUAAGACUAAUUGUGGAGAGUUGCGUAAAUUUGAUCACUACCUCUUCCUCGGUUGGCCUGAUUUUGACGUUCCUAAAGAAUCAAAGGGUUUCCUCACCUUCCUAGAUGUUAUUAAUGAACGUCAACGACAAUUAAUGUCCAAUGGCCCUCUUAUAAUUCAUUGUUCUGCUGGCAUUGGACGAACAGGUACAUUUACAGCAAUAGAUAUCUGCUUAGCACAGGCGAAAAAUGAGGGUUAUGUAGACGUUCCAGGUGUGGUUUCUCGGAUACGUCAACAACGGGCUUGUUCAGUCCAAUUGGCAAAGCAGUACGCCUUUGUCUAUCAAGCCCUCUACACCCGAUUAAAAGGAACAUUAAAAUGA